UUAUUGAUUUUGUCAUCCAUCUCUGGUUUUUCUUAAUCCUCGAAUUGACUACUCUUUCUUGUGUUGUUUUCAUUCUUUCAAAAAUGAUUAAGCUUUCUUGUUUUCGGUGGUUCAUUUGCAGCGCGCUCACACGCGCGCGCGCACGAACUCUGUGGCCUCUCUCUCUCUCGUGAGCGAGCAAUUAAUGCGGAGCAGUUAUUUCUAGGUAGCUCGAUUGGGUUUCGAUUGUUUUUAUUGUUUUUGAGUUUCUGCAUUUUGGAGUGGAAUGGGGGGCUGAGAAUUUUGUUGUAAUCUGAGGGAAUUAUUGGUUAUGGGGUGCGUUCUUGGGAAGAGAGCCACCGCCGGGGAGAGAGAAGCCCGCCGGAGAGGGAAAAAAGACGCUCGCCGGAAGGAAAAAAAUGGCGAGCGGGAGGUUGUGCAGCAUCCCGCCGCUGCUGUGCAGGACAACGCUGUCGUGGAGAAGAAGAUCGAAGAAGUUCCUGCGGCGGCCGCGCCGGUGACGCUGCUGGAGUUCCGGCUGAAGAGGGGAAUCUCCAGCUGCGAGGGAUGGCCGUCGUGGCUACACGACGUCGCCGGGGACGCCAUCAAAGACUGGAAGCCUCGCCGUGCGAACUCCUUCGAGAAACUGGAUAAGAUUGGGCAAGGGACGUAUAGCAAUGUGUAUAAAGCUAGGGAUUUGAUAACUGGGAAGGUAGUAGCUCUGAAGAAAGUGAGGUUUGAUAAUUUAGAGCCGGAGACUGUAAGAUUCAUGGCAAGAGAAAUACUGGUUCUGAGGAGGCUGGAUCAUCCCAAUGUGAUUAAACUUGAAGGUCUGGUUAUUUCCCGAAUGUCUAGCAGUCUCUACCUUGUUUUUGAGUAUAUGGAGCAUGACCUCGCCGGUCUUAUCGCCAUUCAAACGGUCAAGUUCACAGAACCUCAGGUCAAAUGCUACAUGAAACAAUUGCUUUCCGGUCUAGAGCACUGCCACAACAAUGGCGUCCUACACCGUGAUAUUAAGUGUUCUAAUUUGCUUGUCGACAAUGAUGGGAACUUAAGAAUAGCUGACUUUGGUCUAGCUUCUUUCUUCGACCCAGAAUGCAAGAAACCAAUGACAAGCCGUGUGAUCACCCUUUGGUACCGUCCCCCUGAACUUCUGCUUGGAGCCAAUUAUUAUGAUGCAGGGGUUGAUUUGUGGAGCGCUGGCUGUAUUCUGGCAGAAUUGUUUGCCGGGAGGCCAAUAUUGCGCGGUCGAACAGAGGUUGAACAGCUGCACAAGAUAUUCAAACUCUGUGGUUCGCCAUCGGAGGAAUACUGGAAGAAAUCGCGAUUACCAAAUGCAACUCUAUAUAAACCUCAGCAACCUUAUAAAUGCUGUAUAGCAGAAGCCUUCAGAGAUUUUCCACCAACUGCUGUUUCCCUAUUAGAAACUCUCCUAGCCGUUGAUGCCGAUGCACGCGGCACUGCUGCCGCUGCCUUGAGUAGUGAGUUUUUUACAACUGAGCCAUUUGCUUGUGAGCCAUCGAGCUUACCAAAGUUCCCCCCAAGUAAGGAAAUGGACAUAAAACUGAGAGAUGAAGCAGGCAGAAGGCAACAAGGAAUUGCCACAAAACCUCAGAUCUUAGCUGGCAAUGGCAAUGGCACUAGACGAAUGAGGUCUCGCGAAAGGGUUGGUCAUGCAGUUCCUGCUCCAGAAGCUAAUGCAGAGCUUCAAAUCAACUUAGAUAGGCUAAGAAUGAUGUCUGAUGCUAAAAUCAGAAGCAAAAGCGACAAAUUCCCACCACCACAUCAAGAUGCAGCUGUUGGCCAUCCUCUCGAUCCAUCUCAAGGCCCCGUGUCAUUUGGCGCCCCCGGCGCUUCAUUCACUUCCUCAAUCUUUGAUCCAAAGUCUUCAAGAUCUUUAAGGUUGACUACCUCAAAAAGUGGAGCUUCAAGGAGGAAACUCAAAGAAGAACCUCAAAGGGCUCCUUCCCGGAGCUUCAUCAAUGCUCUGUAUCCAUCUUCUGUUGGCUGGGACUUUAGGUUUGGCCGAAGAAGAGCAGUUUCAGAAAAUUUCGGGGAAAGAAGGUAGAGGUCAGUGUAGACAGAUUUUACAAGUUACCGAUUUUUGCUGCAAACAGCUCAUAAUCAAGUGCAUUCAAUCUACGUUGUGUAUUGUGUAUAAUCAAGAACAUAGCAAUUUUUUGUUAUCUUUCAAAAAAUAGAAGACAUGGUUUAUAGAUA